AGGGAUGAAGCCAGCAGAGAUCAGAUUCUCUCUACAGAGACCUCUACAACACAGAGAUCCAGACAUGGCACCUACAACCACUGCAGCAAUGACCAACUCUCAGGAACAUCUCACUCUGACACACAAGCUCAGAAAGCCUCUGGUGGAGAAGUUACGCAGAGAGCGAAUCAACAGCAGCAUUGAGCAGCUCAAGUCUCUCCUGGGUCCAGAGUUCCUCAAACAGCAGCCAGACUCCAAGCUGGAGAAAGCAGACAUCCUGGAGAUGACAGUUUACUUCUUGAGACGACUGCAGCAGCAGCAUCAAGCUGUGGACUCUGUUGAUCAGGGCUACUCCAGGUGUGUCCAACAGGUGGUGCACUUCUUGUCCAAGGAGGAGGUGAAGACUCAGUCCCAGAGAAGACUGAUGGACCACUUCAACAAGCUGCAGUCUUCCUCUGAGAAGAAGAAGCUGAGAGAGGCUGACUUCUCUCCUCUGAGCUCCACAGUCCAGACCAGCAUCACCAAAGACAAGAGUCCAGUCAACAGCUCCCUCUGGAGGCCGUGGUAGACACCUACAGCCUGGAGUUACAACCAGUCCAAAUGUAAAUGACCACAUUGGUCAAAUAUUACUGGACUGAAGUCUCUGAAAUAUUAUGGACUUGUUCUUCUGUUUGUACAGAAGGUUUAUAUUAGUGUUUCUUUGUGAAAUGUGACAUUUCCUGAGGAAAUGACUCAAACAAUAUCUUUCAGUUUAAGAAAGAAAACAUCUUGUCAUAGAACAGACGAGAUAAAAAGACCAUGUUGGUCAAAGAUUACAGGAACUGAAUCUAUGAAAUUUACAGAAUGGUUCUUCUAUAUGAACAGAAGGUUGAAUGAUAGAAAAAGAAAUAUUUCCGAUGGAAACAAUGAAACAAGAUAACAUUAUCUUUCAUAUUAAGAAAGAACCUUUGUCAUUUAUUCAGUUUAAAUGAAAGUAAAGCUAAUGAUCAUUUGCUAUGAUUGUGUUCCAUCAUCACUUUGCGGUGAUACAUGAUGAAAUGAAGUUUAUUACUUCCUGAGUUUUAUUGUUUCGAUAAAAAAACAUUUAAUUGUCCUUUUUCUGGACAUUCUUUAAAGUGACUUCAUUUUAAUCUCUUUGAUUACUCAGCACUGAUCUGUUUUAAGAUCUACAUGUAUUUGUUUCCUUUUCUUUAAAGGAUAUGUAACAACAUGAAACUGUGUGGAUUAUAAAGACUGUGAACUUUUCUUUUCACAAAAUGUAUUGACUUCACUUGGUUUUAACCUGCUCACAUCACUUUGUGAUGAUUUUAACAUGAUCUGUUGUAAGGUCAGUUUUCUCUCUGUCUUUGUUAUAAAGUGCAGUUUGUGUUUGUUUUGAAAUAUGUUUCAUGUCAAACUGAAUGAUGAUUCUUCUCAUGACGUUUGAGUCUUUUGUAAAGACGACUGUUCCUCCACUCAUUUUGAGUACAGAGUCUUGGAGAUGUUACCAAGUUAUUGUUGUGAUGUAUCAUCACGUCUAUCUGACUCCAGUUGGAGUUUUCAUGAACUAACACUGAGUUCAUGUCAAUAAUAAAAUCACUGAAAUAUAA